AUGCAGAUUUCAACGCUGGCGCUGCUCAGCGCCGUGGUGUUGAGCCGUGCCGCACCUCAGUUUGGGAUAGGAGACGGCUCUACUAUACUCCUUCCAGGCGGAGGAACACCUCCCUCAAACCCAGGCGGCCCUAUCCUACUUCCUCCCAUCAAUAAUCCUAUUAUAAGGCCCGGCAAGCGGGAGCCAACCUUACAUGAGCGCACCGAAGACGUCGAAGCCCUGGAAGAGACCUACUCCGCUCUGCUUAAGCCCUUCACCGAUGGAAACAAACCCUCCUUCGGAACUUACAUGGUUCUCUUGCACUUAGCCGACAUUCUUGCAAGCAAGGGCAUCAAUGCCGAUACCAUGGUUCUUGGCGAAGCAAUUACAACGUUUGGCCCAUCCACCAAACGCCAAAUCUUCGAGAUUGGCUCCUGCAGUGAUUCCGAUGUGAUUGGUCUCCGCGCGACCCUCACCAGCUUGCUUCUCAUCUACGGCAAUACCCCGCCUUUUGAGAUCUGGAACCUCGAGCAGGCCAUCAUCGCCGCUCUCAAGGCUUGCCGCGAAGACAUCAGUGUCGGACCCAUCAUUCCCGACAAACCUGCCCCGGGUGGACCCCUCAUCCCGGACAAGCCGAUCCCGGGUGGACCAAUUGUAACCCAAUCACCCGUGCCCGGGGGUCCGAUCAAACCCAGCGACUGA